GAGAGAGAGGAGCGCUCAGAAACAGAAAGGUACACAGAGAAGAGAGUGGACGACAGAAAGUGAGAGAAGGAGAAGGAGGACGGUGGCUCUUGAGCAUCUCCUGCGCACCUAUUCAUCCCUGCACGCUCACGGAUCUUAAAAGUCUACACUUUAUCUUCCUCGUGUUUGCUUCAGAGAGAGAUUAAAAACUUUUUUAAAGAGGCUUUUUUGAAAAAACAAAACAAAACACUUUUUUUGGAGUUGAGAGGAGAGAGAGAGAGAGAGAGAGAGAGAGACGCGAUUCCUGGAAGAGCUUUCGUUCAUUUUUCCCCCCAAACCAAGUCUUUCCAUCCCUCGAGAAGUUUUAAAAAGUAAAGCCCUUGUUAGUUCCAGGGCUCGGCUUCACUUUUUCCACGUGUCCCACGGUGUCCCAGCUUUUGACAUAAACGUGUCACCUUGAGAUUUUUGCUUGCCUUCAAGUUUCAGAUAAAAAAAAAACUUCAUUUUAAGUCACUGACCCACAAACGAGACCAAAAAUGAGAUUUCAAACAUCAGGACAGUCCCCAGCCUUGUGUGAUUGUUGUGCUAAAUGCUUAAAUCAUUAAAACAAAGUGAGUUUUAAUGGUUUUAUUUUUUCACUUUACACGCUGAGGAGUGAUACUGAAGAUACGGGGAGCGCAGCUCACCUGUAGCAUCUCCUCCGCUCAGGCGACACUCUGAUUUGCACUUUUUACGCACAGAAACGCCACUUUGUGACUAUUUGAAGAUAGAGAUUCAAUCUAUCUGAAAGAAAAGAUCGCACUCCACAAAGUUCAUUCAUUCUGAAAGCACACUUCCAGAGGGCUCGGGAGUGCGUAAAAGAGCGCUGCGCUUUUACGCAAAAAAACUUCCAACUUUUAAAUCAUCCAGAUCCGGAUCCAGAUCUACACAUUUUUGUCACGAAUAUAAACUUUAAAGAAACUUUCACCAGCUUUUUUUGAAAAGUCGUCCGGAGCUCCAGAGAGACCGCCGGGCUCUCCAUCACCAUGCUGUUCGACAGUUUCGACCUCGUCUCGGCUCUGGCCACUCUGGCCGCCUGCCUGGUGUCCAUGGCCCUGCUCCUCGCCGUCUCCCAGCAGCUGUGGCAGCUUAGAUGGACGGCCACGCGGGAUAAAAACUGCAAGCUUCCCAUGCCCAAAGGAUCCAUGGGCUUCCCUUUCAUCGGCGAGACCUGCCACUGGCUUCUGCAGGGUUCGGGAUUCCAUGCGUCGCGGAGGCAGAAGUACGGCAACGUGUUCAAGACCCACCUGCUGGGCCGCCCUCUGAUCCGGGUGACGGGCGCAGAGAAUGUGCGCAAGGUGCUGAUGGGCGAGCACACGCUGGUGACGGUGGACUGGCCUCAGAGCACCGCCACGCUGCUGGGACCCAACUCACUGGCCAACAGCAUCGGAGACAUCCACCGCAAGAGGAGGAAGGUGUUUGCCAAAGUGUUCAGCCACGAGGCCUUGGAGUCCUACCUUCCGAAAAUCCAGCAGGUCAUCCAGGAGAGCCUCCGGGUGUGGAGCUCCAACCCUGAGCCCAUCAACGUCUACAGGGAGAGCCAGAGGUUGUCAUUCACCAUGGCGGUGAGGGUGCUGCUGGGAUUCAGGGUGUCAGAGGAGGAGAUGAGGCAUCUCUUCUCAACCUUCCAGGACUUUGUUGACAACCUGUUCAGCCUGCCGAUAGACCUGCCGUUUAGCGGCUACAGAAAGGGUAUCCGGGCACGAGACACCCUGCAGAAAAGCAUAGAGAAGGCCAUCAGGGAGAAGCCGCUGUGCUCCCAGGGGAAGGAUUACAGCGAUGCGCUGGACGUCCUGAUGGAGAGUGCCAAAGAGAACGGCACUGAGCUCACCAUGCAGGAACUGAAGGAGUCGACCAUUGAGCUGAUCUUUGCUGCCUUCGCUACCACGGCCAGCGCCAGCACCUCACUCAUCAUGCAGCUCCUCCGCCACCCUGCCGUCCUGGAACGCCUGAGGGAGGAGCUGAGAGCCAGGGGUCUCCUCCACAAUGGCUGCCUCUGCCCUGAAGGAGAGCUGAGGCUGGACACCAUCGUGAGCCUCAAGUACCUGGACUGUGUCAUCAAGGAGGUGUUGAGACUCUUUACGCCAGUCUCAGGGGCCUACCGAACAGCCAUGCAAACCUUCGAACUUGACGGAGUCCAGAUUCCAAAGGGCUGGAGUGUGAUGUACAGCAUUCGGGACACCCACGACACCUCAGCUGUCUUCAAGGAUGUGGAUGCCUUUGACCCUGACCGCUUCAGUCAGGAGCGGGGAGAAGACAAAGAGGGACGCUUCCAUUACCUGCCCUUUGGCGGUGGUGUCCGGUCCUGCCUGGGCAAGCAGCUUGCCACCCUCUUCCUUCGCAUCCUGGCUAUUGAGCUGGCCAGCACCAGCCGUUUUGAGCUGGCCACCCGGCAGUUCCCCCGCGUGGUCACAGUACCGGUGGUCCACCCUGUCGACGGGCUGAAGGUCAAGUUCUACGGAUUGGACUCCAACCAGAACGAGAUCAUGGCCAAGUCGGAAGAGCUGCUGGGAGCGACUGUUUGAAGGGCAGAGAGUUGAUGAGUAGGGGGGUGAGUGAUCGAAGAAGUCUUUAGGGAGAAGAUUGAAGGAAGGAAAGAAAGAAUUUCAGAGUUAUUUUUUCUUCUCCACCUUUGCUCUGCCAAGUUGGAGGUUCCUUUUCAGACUAAAAGAAAAGCAGAAGUCUUCGUCUCUUGUUACAGCUGAUGAUGAUCGGGACUUUCCUCUGAGAAAGGAAGAAGCUGCCAAAAAAGUUCUUAAUUAUGCUCUAUUCUGUGUAUUUUUUUAAAGAAAUAUACAAACAAAAUGUAUGUACAAAAAAGCUAUGUAAUAUAAUUUGAAAGAGAAUGUGGGUAGUGCACAAUGGGAGAAAGAGAAGUAUGGUGGUACUUUUGGGGAAAUGAAGUGUUGAAAUUAGAAAAGUAAAGGAAAAGAUGGUUGUGGGAGGAAGGCAAGAUGGAUGAAACAGGGUAUAGGACGAAAGAAUAUGAUAUUUUAGCAUUUUGCUUAUGCUUAAUCAAAUGCAGUGAACCAUUUCAGUUGUCUAGCAGGGUAAAAGAGAUGGGUAUAUAAACUGAAAGUUGUAGAUUUUCUGGUCAAAAUGUGUGCAUUUAGAGCCAGAAUUUUUCACGGUGCCACCCAGUUUCAACUCAUGUUUUCUGUUUAUUUGAAAAAGAUUUGAAAGAAUGAUAGAAAUCAGUACUGGCUUUGUGUUUUCCAUCAAAGGUCCAUCAAGAUUUGAAUUGAUUACUAGCUUACAGAUACAGUCAAAAGGAUCAUAGCACAUUGCAGGUUGUGGCACAGAUACACUGUGUUGCUGAGCUCAGAUUUGUGGUCCACCGUUCCUUCAAGUCGACUACAUCAUGAUGCAGUAAAUUAUUUGACCGUCUUAAAUUUGUACUGCUAAUGAGGGUCAAGUAUCAAUUCAGGAAGUGAAGGGCUGUGCUUAGAAAUGUUCUGACGGGGAAAAUAUACUGGCUGCACACUGGGGCAGAAAACAUAACAUUUUGAAUCUAUGUAAAUGGGCAAUUUGUUCAAUAUAUUAUGACCUUUCCUGCUGUUUUUU